AUGUGUUUAGGUAUAAGUGAGAAUGAGACCCUAGAUAAAUUAUUGGCAUUGAAUGUUGAAAAUGAUGAUACUAUUCAAGAUGAAUAUAUUGCACAGGAAUCAGGCUGUGCUGUAAAUGAUCUUUUAUUGAGUGUACAUAGGACAAUAUUAAACAAUGAACACACAAUUGAAGAAUGCAACUUUGUUCCAGGUACACUUUUUGAUGUUUGUGUUAAAGUAUUAGGUGGAAAAACCCAUGGACGAAUCGGUCAGGCUGGCAAAGUUAAAGCUUGUACACCAAAAGUGAGUGAUUGA